GCUGUUAGCCCAGGGCUCUGCCCUCUUUUCAUCUUUUUUGCUCUAGAUUGCUUCCUGAGGAGGUCCGUCCUUUUGAAGACCCUGAAGACCCUAAACUUGGUACCCCCAGCACAUUAGCCCUGUGUGGCCAGCGCCCCAUGCGUAAGCGUCUUUCUGCCCCAGAGUUGUGGCUAAAUCCGGCAGAGGCACCUGGAGAAAAUGGAGCUUCUCUUACCCACUCUGCACCUUCCUCUCCUGAUGGCAGUUCUGACCUGGAGGUAGAUGAAUUGGAGACACCUUCAGACUCGGAACAGCUGGACAGUGGACAUGAAUUUGAAUGGGAAGAUGAGCUGCCUCAGACAGAAGGUCUGGGGGCCAUUGAGGCAGCUGAAAGGCUGGGCCAGGGUUGUAUGUGGGAUGUGGCUGGAGACGAUGGUCAUCACUGGAGGGUGUUCCGAACAGGACAGUGGGAGCAGCGAGUGGACAUGACUGUCAUCGAGCCCUAUAAGAAAGUCCUGUCUCAUGGAGGUUACCAUGGUGAUGGCCUCAAUGCUGUCAUCCUCUUUGCUUCCUGUUAUCUACCCAGAAGCAGCACCCCUAACUACUCUUAUAUUAUGGAACACUUGUUUAAGUAUAUGGUGGGGACUCUGGAACUGCUGGUAGCUGAAAACUAUAUGCUUGUUCAUUUGAGUGGAGGUACAAGCAAGGCCCAAGUUCCACCUCUGAGAUGGAUACGCCAGUGUUACCAUACCCUGGAUCAGCGGCUCCGAAAGAACCUAAGAGCCCUGGUGGUUGUCCAUGCUACGUGGUAUGUGAAGGCAUUUCUGGCACUGCUUCGGCCCUUCAUCAGUUCUAAAUUUACACGAAAGGUUCGUUUUCUGGACAGCCUGGGAGAGCUGGCACAACUCAUCUCCCUGGAUGAAGUUCACAUCCCUGAAGCUGUCAGACAGUUGGACCAGGAUCUCCAUGGCUCCAGAGGGACCUAGCACAGGACUGGAUAAACGGCCUUAAACCAAGCAGAGAAGAUGGUCUGCCUAUACCCAAAUCUCUGAAACAUUAGAGCUACUUUUAAAUCACCUUAUCCUCAACCCCCAAGACCGUUGGAUGUUUACUUCUUAAAGGGAUGUCAUCCUUCCCAUUAUGCUCCCUUUAGCAGGGAUUUGAGGUUGAGAACCCCAUCUGCUGAGUGGGGUGGCAUUUUGUGUGGAAAGUGCAGAGUUCUGGGUUUUAAUUCUGCUUUAGUCAUAGAACCUUGGGCAAAUAACUUCAUGUCCCUUGAGUCUCAUUUUCCUCCCCUGUAAGCCAAGGGCUGAUGUCCUUUUCACCUUGGAUGAGAAAAGCUUGACUGUGGGCAGCCAGCCUGCUAGGAGCCCAGGGUGUCCUUUGCUGAGUCUUGAAGACCUACCACAUGUCCUCUUUCCUCCUGAAUGUCUGCUGCCUGCGACCCUGUGAAGGAGCGCUCCAAAACCUGCAUUUUUGUCCUCCUUAAUAAAUUCAGAUCUGGAUAGGCAUGGUGGCUCACGCCUGU